AUGGGGCUUAUGCCCAGUGCCUCGAGGCUUAUGCCUCGCCCGCUAUCAGGGUAUUUUGUUCCUGAUGUUAUAGUGGCAGCAAUAAUUGGACUGGUGACUAGUUGGUCCAUUGGGCCUCUUUUGCCUGUUGUGAGCUACUGGUUAGCCAGGUCACCUAUAAUGCAUUUUUUGCUACACAGCAGUGUUCUCGCUCUGGCCCUUUCAUCACAAUUCUUUCCAUACAGUACUGACGCACCAAAAAGAGUUAUAUUCCAGCAUACUAUCAGGAGUGCAGGUGCCAGUCAAAUUAUGGAAACUACCUAUGAUUUUGCUGUUGUUGACUCCAAUUCUCUGCCUUUCGUUUUCAAACAUGCCCCUGAAGUGGCCAAUGCACUGCACAUUAAUACAGAAUUAUCCUUUGCUGCUGUCAAACAGUCUCACCAAGCUGAUUGGAUGGGGAUAUUUCCAAUAUCUUCGUUGUUUUCAAGAUGCAUGACGUUUCCUGCGCAAAGUUCGGAUGUCUUGGUUGAAUACAAUCAUUUCCCACAUUUGGCGAUUAACAAGCCACAAGAGAGUUUGAGUGGGGGUUCCCGCAGGAUCUACUUGGAGUUUUCCCUUGGUUCCUUGAAGGAAGUCUGGGUUGCAGUCCUUAAUAUUACUGGUUCAUUAUCCAGCUGGUCAUUUGCAGAUAACAUUCUUCCAGCUCCUGAGAAGACUGGUAAUGGUCCUCCAUCAUAUAUAUGUAGAUUAAGUGGUGCAGGCGAUAAAAACUGGACCUUUUGGUUGGAGGUAUGACUUCAUGGCAGAUGCUUUAUUUCAGUCAGUUGUAUCAACUUAUUCAAAAUACAUAUGCUCGUAUACUAUUGUGUCUAAUCUGCCUGCAUAAACUAUAUGUUACUGUGAAAGCUUAGUACUGACAACACUUUGGUGGCUAGUUUUGAUAUCUUUCCAGAAGAAAAAUUGUGUCCUUACCCAAAGAAUAAUUAGGCU